CCGUAAAGCGGUUUGCGCAAAACUGUCAUCGUAAAAUAAGAGCUUGUUCAACAUCACCACUUUGCAGAAAAGGGUUUUGACUUUGUCGUCUGAUUUGGAACACAUUAACAGGUACGCUGGAAUUUUCGGACACCCACUCGGACAUGUCCUAUGUCUUCAUCAAUGACUCGUCGCAGACCUCCGUUCCCCUGCUCCAGGCCUGCAUCGACGGGGACCUGCCUUUCGCCAAGAGGCUCCUGGAGACGGGCUGUGACCCCAACAUACGGGACAACCGGGGCCGUACCGGCCUGCACCUAGCGGCCGCCAGGGGGAACGUGGACAUCUGUUGGUUCCUCCAUAAGUUUGGGGCGGACCUCCUGGCUACAGACUACCAGGGAAACACAGCGCUACACCUCUGUGGACACGUGGAUACCAUCCAGUUCCUGGUGUCCAACGGACUCAAGAUAGACAUCUGUAACCACAACGGGUCCACUCCUCUGGUGCUGGCCAAGAGGCGCGGGGUGAACAAGGACGCCAUCCGCCUGCUGGAGGGCCUAGAGGAACAGGAGGUGAAAGGAUUCAACAGAGGAGCCCACUCCAAACUGGAGACCAUGCAGAUGGCUGAGAGCGAGAGCGCAAUGGAGAGCCACUCCCUGCUGAACCCCAACCUCCAGAACAGGGAGGGAGUCCUGUCCAGCUUCAGGACCACCUGGCAGGAGUUUGUAGAGGACAUGGGCUUCUGGAGGGUUCUGCUACUGCUGGUGGUUAUCGGCCUGCUCUCCCUGGGCAUCGCUUACUACGUCAGCGGGGUGCUACCUUUCUCCACUAGCCAGCUGGAGCUGGUACACUGAGGGAAGGGUGGAUGGAUAGAGGUUGAAAGUUGGCUUGGGCUACGUCCCGAUUAUCCACCCUUGUCCAGAAGUGUACACUUGCACACUUCCCCUUUUUAUGGAUUUUAAAAAGCGUAGGAGUGGUGUAAAUGUUGGCUGGAUUCAACCGUUGUGAAAUCCUUGCACACUUGGGGAGAAGGACAGGGGAAUCGGGACUCAGUCAUGGAUGCAGCUGCAGUCUUCAUUACCUGCACUUAUGUAUGUGUUUAUAUGUUAUUUGCUUUGAACGUUUUCUCAUCGUGGCCAGUUAUGAAUGAGAACGCACAUCAUUUCAUGUGUCAUUAAUUCGUAUGACAAAAAUGACUAAAUCGACCAAAUAUUGACCAGUGACGUGACUAUCUUUUUUUCUUUCUGGAAUACUGACCGCUUUUAAAGCAUAACCCUAAAAAAAUGGAAUAUUAAUUUCUUACAUGCAGUUUCAUAAUAAUAUUAGGUUUCAGAACAUUCCAUGUCUAAUUUAGUUUUGACAGUAUUCAGCUCUAUAUGAAGAAACUGUUGCAUUGUGGACCUUUUUCCUAAUGUUGUCACAAUAUGAAUUGUUCUGUGUUGUGUGGUGUUACAAGCUGUAGAUUGCUAUAGUUUCUGUUUGUUUUUUCUUAUUAUUUUUGUAUAAGAAUUUUGUUUAUCUUCUAUUUCUGUUAAUAUUGUUUUGAAAAGGCCGCAUUUGUUAAGUGAUUUAAAGUACAGGGUCAAAUCCUCUUUCAAAGUAAAUAUUUUUGUUUUAUUUCCAUUCUUACCGUUUCAACUCAAGUCAGUUUCCCCCACGCUCAUUGCAAAUUUCCAUAAUAAUGCUAAUCAGGCUAUAACUGUUGUGUGGAAUCUUACAAGGAACAAAAACCCAACGGAAAUACAACAAAAAGUGUGUGGAGUUAUCCUGGGUUUCAGUCUGUUUCUGAUCUCUUACCAACUCCUUAAUGGAACUGUCAUGUCAUGGCUUGAUAAUGAGAGCAAUGGAGUUAUCAAAAGCACAAACUGUUCUGGGAACAGGCUAGUGUAGAGUUGCAUGGGAAUAUAAUAUAAAAGGGAAGUGAGGUUUGUCCCUCUUCCAUCACCAAGUCAAGUACAAUAAGAACUAUAGAGUAGCACCUUUUAUUGUGUGCCUUUGAAAGAAAAGACAAAUUAAUAUAUUUUAUUUUCUGUAUUUUAGGUUUGUUCAGCUGAGUGUGCUGAAAAUGACCUUGUUAUGAAUCUGUGUACUACAACGCCUGCAUGAAGAUUAUGUCAAAUAUAACAUUAUAUUUUUAGCUAUGUUUUACUCUGUCAAAUAAAUCCAUCCUCACACAUACUGUAAA